AUGUCUCUCACUCGGCUGCACCCGCGACUCCUCUCGCGGACGAACCGAAUCUUUUCGUCGCAAAUCCGAUACUAUGCUGCGCCUGGCGAAGGUACAAUCCCCGCAGCCAAGAAGAAAUAUGUUCCAACGAGCGGUACAUACCCGCUUGGCUUCAAGGCUGGAAGCGCACAUGUUGGUGUGAAGGCAUCGAACACGCGUUUCGACGAUCUCGCUCUAAUCGCAUCGGACACGCCAUGCGCCGGUGCCGCGGUUUUCACCACCAACAAGUUCCAGGCGGCCCCCGUGACGGUCAGCAGGGAUAUGCUGAGGAAGAGGAAGGGUGAAGGCGUCAGGGCAGUCAUUGUGAACUCAGGCUGCGCCAAUGCCGUGACUGGGCGUGGCGGCAUUGAAGAUGCGAUAUCUAUGGGCCAAGAGACGGACCAAUGCUUUGUCAAGGACAACAAUGGCAAAGAUGACGGGAAGGAGUACCAUAUUGCCGGUAUGACCAAAGGUGCAGGCAUGAUCCACCCCAACAUGGCCACCCUGCUGGGGAUUAUCUGCACCGAUGCACCAGUUUCAGCAGGCCCACUACAGACAGCGCUUACCUCCGCCAUUACGAAGUCGUUCAACUCAAUCUCGAUCGACGGCGACACAUCAACCAAUGACACAGUCGCACUUCUUGCAAACGGAGCGGCAGGAGGCCAAUCCAUUACAUCAACCUCAUCCGAAGACUUCCAAGCUUUCCAGAAGACCCUAACGGAGUUUGCCAUCGAUCUUGCCAAGCUUGUCGUCCGCGACGGCGAAGGCGCAACCAAAUUCGUCACCAUCCGCGUCACGAACGCAGCCACGUACAAAGACGCGCACAAGGUCGCUUCGACGAUCGCCCGCUCGCCUCUCGUCAAGACCGCCCUAUACGGUAAAGACGCAAACUGGGGCCGCAUCCUCUGCGCCACCGGAUACGCUGAGGGCGUGGACUCAGUCAUCCCCGAGGAAACAAGUGUGAGCUUUGUGCCUACAGAUGGCAGUGAGGAGCUGAAGUUGCUCGUUCGCGGCGAGCCGGAGCAGGUGGAUGAGACUCGGGCAGCCAAGAUUUUGGAAGCUGAGGACCUGGAGAUUAAUGUGCGGUUGAGCGAGAACAAGGGUUAUAAGGAGGAGGCUGUGUUUUGGACGUGUGAUUUUAGUCACGAGUAUGUGACUAUCAAUGGGGAUUAUAGGACGUGAGGCGAAAUACACAAAAACGAAUAGAGUUUGUUCGAGCUUUUU